GAACUGACACGUUCAUUGCUCUACGACCGUCGCUCCCAUAACUUGAAAAGAAACAAGCGGCUGCCUCAGUCGUUGAAUGAACGUUGAAACAGCUCUAGACCUCUUUUCUCUGUCUCUUUCAGCAAAUAUUUUCGAGCAUCGAUUCACGCCAGGGAGUUGUUAAUUAAUGUCUACGAACUUCGGUGCUAUUGAAUCGAGCUCUGAUGCGGUUGUUUCGUCUGAACCGCCAACUAACGAUGACAUUGCUGUAAGCAACGGGGUUAAGGUUGGGGGUGAUUUGGUAGAAUCGAAGACUGGAACCCUAACGAUGGAACCGUCUUCUGAUCAUGAUGCAGGUGGUAUUGUUGUUCAGGCUUCAAUUGAUGAUGCUAGGGUUUCAGGAGAUGAAAGAGGGGUUGUAAUGGAGAAUGUUUUGGAUGAAAAUGGGGUAAAUGAUGAAGAAAAGGAAGGUGAGUAUAAGGUAACAGAUUUAGUGUGGGCAAAGGUAAAGAGCUAUCCAUGGUGGCCUGGUCAGAUAUUUGAUCCAUCUGCUUCCACAGACAAAGCCAGGAAAUACUCCAAGAAAAAAGGGUUUCUCAUAGCAUAUUUUGGGGAUCAAACUUUUGCUUGGAAUGAAGCGUCGAAAAUCAAACCAUUUAGGAAGAAUUUCUGUAAGAUGGAGAAACAAAGUAAUACAAAGUCGUUUUGUCAUGCUGUGGAUUGUGCUUUGGAUGAGGCUUCUAGACGGAUCGAGUUUGGAUUGGCCUGUUCAUGCUUGUCUGAAGAGGCAUAUGGUAAAAUUAAAUCCCAAGUUUUUGUUAAUGCAGGGAUAAGGAAAGAAGCUAGCAGAAUAGAUGGUGGAGAUAACUUUUCUACUGUGGCUACUUUCAAGCCUGCAAAUGUUGUUCAAUCUGUGCAAGAUCUAGCCAGAGAACAUUUUGAUGGGAUCAAUAGAUUAGAGCGGUUGUCGGUGAGAGCUCAGUUAUUGGCUUUCUAUAGAUGGAAAGGCUAUCAUCAGUUUACUACACACCAUCUACUGGAUGGAUCAGAUAAUGAGAUUGAAGAUAAUUCUGAACCUCCUUUAGUGGAUAAAGAUAAGAUGGUUGAAGAUGCAAAACCGGCUUCUGUAGGUGAGAAAGUUUCAUCCAGAAAAAGGAAGUCGAAUGCUUCUGAUAGUGUUUCGCGGAAGCAUCAGCAUGUGCGUAAUGAUGAUACUAUCUUGAGCAAGAAAGGAAGAUGCUUAAGUGUAACCAAUGGGGAAAAUAAGAAGAAAAAUGAUGGUGGGAAAAGAACAACGGUUGAGGAUAAUGGCAUUAAGGAAGAAAAUCGGAAGGGAGUUAUUGAUAGAAAGCCAUCAAAUUCUUCUCCAAGAGGGCUUUUCAGGGUUGGUGACAGCAUAUGUAGAAUUGCUAAACAACUAUCUGAGUCACCUUCGAUUCUUAAGAAGGAAUCCCAGACAUCAAAGGUGCCAUUGGUGUGUCCCCCCACAGAUGAGAUUCUUCCACAAGUCUGCGUAGCUGCAAAAAAUCCAAUGGAAGAAAAUCAAAUCCUGAAUGCAUCAGCUGAAUUUUCCUCUGAUUCUAAGAAUUAUGUCCCGGAGGAAAAUUCCCAACUGGAAGAAAAGAAUGAUGAGAAGCGUGUGGACCAAAUCGAGGAAAAUAUACAUGGGUCAGAAGUUACAGAGGCGAGCUCACAUAAGGACACUGGAGACUCUUGUUCGGCUGACAGGAUAGUUCCAAGCGUCCCUGAUGAGCAAGUAUUUUCUGAACCCAAGUCUGUGACAAUUGAUACAAACCCAAAAACAAGCAAAGAGAACUCUGCAACUGCACUAAUCCUUAAGUUUACCAAUUUGGAUUCUAUUCCAUCAGUAACAAAUUUGAAUGAGAUAUUUAGCCGUUAUGGACCUGUGAGAGAAACUGAGACGGAAGUGAUGAAGAAAAACAACUGUGCCAAAGUGGUGUUUGAGGCCCAAUCAAAUGCAGAAACUGCUUUCAGCAGCGCUGGAAAGUUCAGCAUCUUUGGACCCUCCCUUGUCAGUUACCGCCUUGACUACUCACCAACACUGCGGAAAGCUACAGCAACUGGCAGAAGGCAAAACAGUAAGGAUGGGAAAUCUGUUGAGGCAAGUUCAUUUGAAGAAUGAGGCAGCCUAAUUUAGGUGUGAAGAUUAAGAUCAAAUGACAUGGAAUUUGAGGAAGAAAGUGUCGGUGUUUCCAAAAGUUGGUUGAUAUGUUUGAAGACCUUCAGUUUAAACUGGUAAUCAAAUGCAUAAUAAACUGGUAAAUCUCCAUCCAUACUAUGCAGUUGAAAAUGGAUCUUGUUAUAGACUUUGGAGCUAGUUGUAGAUUGGAAUUGCAGGUAGUAAGAAGAAGAAAUAAGUUUAUGGUUGUUUUUCGUGUAUGUAUUAUGAGUUGAUUUAGUAUUACAAGCAGAUUUGAUUUACACGCAUGGAUAUGGGCACAUGAAUGGACCUUCAUUUCAAACGAAGUCGGUUUUAGGUUAACAAGUAAAAUAGAAUUUGACUUGGAAUUGCCUACGAGGUAUUUGAUUGAAUCGAAUGUUGUAAUGGAUGC